UUUCAUUGAGUUUUCAGUCGCUGUUUAGAAGAUCAAGGUCUCUCUAUGAGUAUGGUUUAUAAAGAAUUUUCGGGAAGAUUUCGAUUAGAAUCGAGUAACAGAACGCCGUUUUGAUCAGUGGAUUCAUAUCUGUACAUAAAGUAUUAUUCAUGCAAUUAGAGUGCUAUUUCAUGCCUUGUUGAGUUCUUGAAGAAAACCUAUCCUUAUGAAGCCUGAAAUAUACUAAACAGGCAAAAUCUUAGACUCACUCCUACUAGUCCACUAUUAAACGAAUUCCAUUGAAAUGUCUGAACGUAAAGCUGUUAUCAAAAAUGCUGAUAUGGAUAGAGCUGUACAAGAUGAUGCUGUAUAUGUAGCAUCAGCUGCAAUGGAUAAAUAUGAUGUAGAAAAAGAUAUUGCUGCUUAUAUUAAAAAAGAAUUUGAUCGUAAAUAUAUUCCAAACUGGCAUUGUAUAGUUGGGAAACAUUUUGGAAGAUUAAUUUGGCUCAUUAAAUACACUUAA